AUGAAGGGCCCCCUCCAGCGGGCCCUUACAGGCCUUUCAGCAGCUCGCAGCGUCGCCGAUUAUCGCAGAGAAACGCAGCAGGUCCUCGAUGCGUUGGACAGCAGCAGCAGCGGGAGCGCCGGGGAUGGGGUGUACAGCGUGUCACUUCUGGUUUCUGUGCAGCAAGUUGCUGCUGCCGCUGCGCUGCAGCAGUUGCUGCGGUGCUUGCCUUCAAUGCAGCAACAGCAGCGGAAGAGUCCCGUAGGCCUCUCUGCACGCGACAGUUUGCUGCUGCUGUCUGUCAUAAGCAGAGCAGACAGCUGCCUUGGGGUUCUGCUGCAAACUGGCGUUGCUGAUGAAGAAGACAUUAACGAUGCAGCAAAGCAUUUAGAAGGAGCGGUAGAAGCUGUGCUCCUGCUGCUGCAGCAUCUGCCACUGCUGCUACAACAUCAGGUUGCUGCUGUUAUUGCCGCUGCUGCUGAAGUUGGUACUGCGGUCAUUGCUGCCGAUAUCUUCGCAAUUGCUCCUUCCGUAGCUGCUGCUGUUGCUGCUGUUGCGUAUGCUGGUGGUGUUGGCGCCCCCACUGGUACUGACGAUGCGUUUGCUGCCGUUCUUAUUGCUGCCUUGUAUGCGCUCCUGCCGACCUCUGAUGCCUUUAUUAUUGCAGCACGUGCUGUUACUGCUGAUGCUGCUGCUGCUGAUGCUGCUGGUAUUCUUGUUGCUGUUGUUGCCGCAGAUGUUUUGUGGCAAAUGCUGGUGGGGUUGGAGUUGGGAACGCCGGAGAAGAGCGCAGCGAUUGCUGCUACCUUGUGUCAGUUGCCAUCGUUUAAGGUUGCGGUGUCUCGGCACCUAAAAGGAACAAUGCUGCAGCUGCUGCUGCGGCUGCGUUGCUGCUGUUGCCAUGACGAGAUCCCUAAAGGCAGCAGAUUACUGCUGAUGGAGAGGCUCCUGCUGCUGCUGUCGCGCUUGGUUUUGAAGUUUCCCCUUGCAUUCCGCACCCAACUCUUUCUGGUUUACGUGCCGCAGCAGCAGCAGCCGCAGCAGCCCCAGCAGCCGCCACCGCAGGAACAACGGCAGGGGGAAGGUGGGAGUGCGCAGCAGAAUUUACCGUCGCGGGAAACACAAAGUUUAACUCUGAAGUGGCUCCAAACACAAGCACAUCAGGCACAGCAGCAACAGCAGCAACAGCAGCAGCAGCUGCAACAACAGCAACAGCAGCAACACCAGCAGCAAGAGGAGGCUGGGGGCCUUUGGCUCCAGCCAGUAAUAGAUGCUGCCUUCCCAAAGGUCAGCAGCAACAGCCGGCAGACGCAACAGCAGCCGCUGCAGCAGCAGAUAGCUGACGGAGCACCCCUAGCAGCGGCAGCGGCAGAGGCAGCGGCUGCAGCGGAAGCAACAGCAGUAGCAGAAUGGGAGCCUCUAGUGCUGGGGGUGCUGCAGGACCUCUACAGGCCUGACGUACUGCGGCAGCUAAGCGCUGAAGGAAGAGAGAGUUUGCUGUUGCUGCUGCGGCUGCUGCUGAAAUGCCUUAGGGGGCCAUUUCGGGACUUGCUGCGUAGUUUGAUAACAGCAACUCCCCGUCUUGUCGCUCAUGAAGCAGAAUCAGCUAAAGUUCCUCAGGAGCAAUUUUGCUACUUCGGCGGCCGCCUGGCUGUCUCUGCUGCUGCAGCUGUGUCUCCUUCUUUGUCUUCUUGGGGACAGCACGGAGAAGCUCCCUUCUUGUUGCUGACGCGGGGACGCUGGCUGCAACGCAUAGCGCAGGCUGACUUGGUGGUGGAGGCGAUGUGGGAAGGAAUGUUUCUCGAUCCUCCUCUGCUGCAGCAGCCCCAGCAGCAACAGCAGCAGCAGCAAGAGCAGCAGGGGCGACAGCAACAACGGCAUCUUUGCGUAGGCUGCCGUGCGUAUGUUAGCAAGAACACAAGCCAUCAAUCGGCAGACUGCACAAGCAGCAGCAGCAGCAGUUCGAAGCAGCACGGGUGUUUUGUGCUGCACAAAAUUCAACAGGGACUGGAGCAGUCCACACCAUCCAACUACGGCUUUUGGUGUUUGGUUGUGGUCCGGCUUUGUGAAAUGUAUGGAUGGGCGCUAUCGCGGGAGACCCGGCAGCAACUGUUUGCUGCUGCUGCAACAGCACUUACCGCAGUCAUUAGGGAAGAGACAGCUAAAGGUGGAGGAGGAGGAGCAGCAACAGCAGCAGCAGCUGCUGCAGCUGCAGACCCCACAGCCUCCCUCACCAGGCAGGCAGGCCUCAUGCAGGUCUUGACAGCUCUGCUGCAGAUACCCGUACACGGCAUGCUGCAGCAACAACAGCAACAGCAACAAAAACAUAAAGAGUGGCGGCAUCCGCCCAUACUAGCUUCCUCUGAAAUCGGAAACUUUGCUAAGAUCAACAGCAGCGCUGGUUGGGAGGAGGCCCUAGAAACGUUGCAUCUCUAUGCUGCCCUUCGAGACGAGGGCACCAUCGGAAACCAAGAUUUGCUUCUACUUCUCCUCGAACAUGCAGAUCGAUUCGUUGCAGCGGUGCAGCAGCAGCAGCAGCAGUUGCUGCAGACGGCACGCUUUAUGCUGCUUCCUGCGUCUCUCUUGGUUCCUUCCUACCUGCUGCUGUUGCAGCAGCUGAUGCUGCUGCUGCCUCUCAAGGCAACCUGCAGAGGCGUGCAGCUGCUGUUUGAGCCGCCCUUCUUGGGGCGCUCGUUGCCGCUGCUGCCAACAGGAGCAGGAGCAGCAGCAGUCGGAGGGGGAAAGGCAGGCGCAGCUCGAAUCUUGGAUCCGACCUGUUGGCUGCUGGAGCUGUUUGGGGCUGCUUUGCUGCUGCACAAGGAGGUCAUUCCUGCUGCUGCAGUUGAGGACUUGUUUGCUUCCCUUUUUGCUGCUGCAAGAGUGUCCUGGAGCAGACACAGGAGCGCAGCAACUGCUGCAACACGACUAGCGCGCCGCAGACCCAGCAUGCAGAGACAGCAUCACGGUGCCUCCUGGCUGCCUGCUGCUGCAGUCCUGCUGUUGCAGUUGCUACGCUGCUACGCUGGAGAAACGUCGCAGGACUACAGGGGGCCUCUGCUGCAGCAAAGCAGUCAGCAGCAGUGUCGCCUCCGCGUAUGGGAGGCAGCAACAGCAACAGCUGCAAGAGGAGCAGACGGUGCAGCAAGAGGUACUAUCAAGCCAGUGCAGGUUUCUCUUGACUCUAGGUGUCUCUGUGAAGGUCCUUUAAAUGCAUGUCUUGCUGCAGCAGCUCCUGCUGUACGGGGCCCCCGUUCGCUUGCUGCUGCAGUGCUCCUGCUGUCGUCUAGCUGCGCAGACCCUGCACCAGCAGCAAUAGCAGCAGCACCAGCAGCGCAGCAGCUGUGGUUUACAGGAGACGAGGAGACAGCGAAGAACCUUGAGUCCCUUAUUAGUGCGGAAGGACAGGAAGAAACCACGUUGGUUCAGGAGCUGCAGAUACACCUCAUUGAGUCCUUGUUGUUGUUUAAGCCGCUGCUCCCCUCGUCUCUUCCUGCUGCGCCCUUCCUUUGUGAACCUCCCCUGCUGCGAGUUGGUGGUGGUGCUGCUGCUGCGCAGCCUGCGAAUGCAGCAGCAGCAUCAACAUCGGAGCUGCCGCCACUGCAGUUGCACCCGCUCACCUGCGGGACGGCCUCUCUGGGUGCUCUGCAGCAAAGCCCUGUUUUGCUGCAGUAUAUAUACAGCUCCCACUAUGACAGCAGCGUACAGCUUAUCACAGCUCUUGUUGCUGCAGGCGAUGCUGUUCUUGCAGCAGCAGCUGUUGGCUCUUUUGCAGCAACAGCAUCCUCACCACCCGGCACACCCUUCCCAUAUAAACCGACGAGCACACUUAGCAGCAGCAGCAGAUGCGGAUAUCUGCGGUGGAUGUAUGAGGCGUGCUGCUUCCUGACGAACCUCAAGUUUGCUGCUGCUGCCCUACCCCUGCAUGCAUGGGUCACUCCGUCUCACUGGGGUGUAUCAGCAGCACCGACAGAAGUGUGGGGCCCCACAGGGCCCUGUUCCCUUGGAUGUGCUUCUUGGCUAGCCGUUUUCUGCCUGCUGAGAGCAGCAACGAAGGCGGUACAGCAGGAGCAGCAGCAGCAGCACGAGGAUCUGCAGUUUCCCCAAGAACGAUGCAAAGCCUCACCAGCAGCAGCUGCACCAGCAACAGCUGCUGCCUCAGCAGCGUCUGCGACAGCAGCUGCAACCGACGACUGGUGCUGCAGCAACGAACAGGCGGGAGAGCAGCAAGAAGUAUUCUGGCUGCUGCUGCUUGACACAUUGCACUUGCUGCAACGCAAUGGCUGGCCAUGCCCUCCUUGCUGCAGUAGAGCCUACGGCAGCUGCAGCAGCAGCUGUCCCCUUGAAACUUUUCUAUUGCUGCUGAAACACGGAGGCAGCAGCAGCGGCGAUAAGGAUUGGCAGGAACUAGCGGAGAGCUUCGCUGGGGAAUCACCUGCAACUGCAGCAGCAGCCGCAGCAGGUGGAACUGUAGCAAGCCCAGAGGCAGAUCUGUCUCCUUCUUUGAUCAUCCUAUCAGAGCAGCAGCUCAAGCUGAUGCUGCUGCCGUUGCUGCGCCUCCUUGUUGGACGAAGACGCCUAUCUCUUCCCCUCAUUCUACCAGCAGGUCUCCACCACCACCAGCAGCGGCAACAGCAGCGGCAGCAGCAGCAGCAGCGGAGUGCCUUUGAGAGUAUGGAUGCCGGAAAUCUCUGGGCAUUUGUGGGCGACAGCUAUACGAGCAGCAGCACGCUUGAAUCAGGUGCAGCAGCAAGACUUGUGCAGCAGCAGCAACAGCGUAUCUCGCCUGACUAUGGGACUCCUGGCGCUGCUAUAGCAGACGCUGCUGCUACUGGAGCAGCAGCUGCUGCUGCUCUAUCGUUUUUGCCGUCUCAGUACUUAGUGCUGCGGUGGCUGCUGCAGUCUGUCGUCAUCUUCUCCUUUGCACCGGCUGGGAGCAGUGUUGAUGCGCUGCAGCAGCAGCAGGGACGGGAUAGGGCGCAGCAAGGCCUGAAUGGCACAGUGGCUGUGUUGGCGCUGCUGCAUGAUUUUGCAGUCGGCGGCAGCAACAGAAACAGCAGGAACAGAAGCAGCAGCAGCAGCAACAGUAGCAGUUUGAUCGAGCAGCACGUGUACCAGCUGCUGCCUCUCUGCGACGGGAAGCAGACUCACCGUUUGCUGCCAAUGGCUCUGUGCCUCUCCUUCCUGCAGCAGCGCGAAGCAAGCUGCUCAACUUCAACAGCAAACAACAUGCCUCGUCUGCUGCAGGUUCUGGCUGCAGCUUCUUUGCUGCUCGCCUCAGAUUGUCUCCUCGCCCUGCUACAGCCAGUGGUUCUGUCCUGGUUUGUUUGUCUCUGUGCUUGUAUUCUUUCUUGUUACCCCGCUUCUGCUGCUGCUGUUGCUGCUGCUCUGCUGCGCGUGCUUCGGUGUCUACGCCUACAACUUGCUGCUUCCUGCUUCUCCUGGGGGCCUCCAGCAGAAGCAGCUGAGCUCUCACUACACCUCGUUACUGCUGCCCUCUUGCCGUUUUCUCCUCAAGACAUUGCACACCCUUUGCUGCUCUGCGGAGUUGGUGGAGAGACGGGAGGAGAAUUCCUUCGCUCUCUUGUUUCUGCGGGAUCGGUUUCCUCUUGGCUGCUGCGUGCGCUGCUGCCACACAGCGCUACAUGCACCCCUUCUGCUGCUGCGGCUGUUCCCGCAGCAGUCGGGCUGGGCAAUGAAGACUGUGAGCGAAACCCUUUGCUGCAGCAACAGCUGCAGCCCCAGCCCCUUUUAUGCGCUGCACCGUCCUCUGCUGAGGCAGCGGCAGUAGCUGCUGCUGCUGCUGUUGUGCUGAAGCAGCAACGCGAGCGGAGGAGGAAGGGCUGGCCAGAGGAGACGGACGAGGAGGCGGCGGAGACACAAGCGGAGACGCUUCUGCGUCUCGCCCCGUCUGUUGUGCCUUUGCUGCUGGACUACUACUCACCGCGCGACGUUCUCGGAGAGUUGCUGCCAGCACUGCAGCAGCAGCAGCAACAACAGCAGCAGCAGGGAUGUCCUGCCUUGGCUGCUUCGUUUGUUUGUUCGUAUACUGCGGCAAAAGUUGCUGCAGUUGCUGCCGCUCCUCUUGCGUCCAAGCCCUUCAGCGCCUUCAUUCUCUUUGAGUUGCUGCAGCUAGCUGGUGCUCCGGGACCUGCAGAAGCAGCAGCAAGUGAUGCCUCAAAUGCUUAUUCGUUUGCUACUUCUCCCUUAAGGCCUUUUGUUUCCCGAGCACUUCAAAGAACAGCAGCAGCAGGUGGAAGCACGGUGCAGCAGCUGCUACAACAACAACUCCAUUCGCUGCUGCUGCUGCGGCUGCGUGGCGCGAGGAGCCCUGACGGCUCACCUUUAAGCAUUGGGCCUCCCCUGCAGCUGCAGGUGCAGCAGAAGCAACAGACGCAGCAGCUGGCUUGGCAGCUGCUGCUAGCAGGUGACGCGGAAGCUCUUGACCCAAGGGCUGCUGCUGCUGUCUACGCACACUCCUUGGAAACAGAAGUACCAACAGAAGCGGCAACAGCUGCUACUGCUGAGCCCCAAGAAGCAGGGGUGGAGGAGAUGCCUAUGUCAUUGCGUUGCACCGCAGCGGAAGUUGCAGCUGCAGCUGCGCCGCUCCUUGCUGCUGGAUCUCAUCUCCUCUUCCAGGCUGGGUAUCUGAGCGGGGUGCCUGUGCACCUGCUCCUGCGGCUAGUUGCUGCUGCUACUCGGAAACCGCUGGGCAGCGAAAGACUCGAAGAAAUCGGGGCAACGCUGUUGGCCCUCACAUUAGGCGGAGACAUGGAGCAGCAGCAGCAGCAGCAGCUGCAGCUGCAGCAGCAAAGCUACCUGCAGCAUAUACUCGACACUCCGCUGCUGUGCCGCACCUUCCUUCGACCAAGACAGCACCUCAUUCUUCCUGCUGCCGCCAGUUUGCUUGCCUUGGAAACAGCUGAAGGCCUUCCCUCACCACCGUCUGUCUCCACCCUUUGCGGGGCGAUGCGUAGCGGGGCGGUUGCUUUGUUUCCUGCUGCAGCUGCAGCUGCUCUGGAGGAAGACGCUGGCGCGAGAGAGCAAGCGGAGGGGGAGUUUGGGGCCUUUUUUCGAUCGAACCUGCUGCUGCUGCUGCAAUCUGUGGAGCGCCUUCUAUUCCCGCCGCCUCUAGCAGCACGCCAGAGCGCAUCACAGGCCGGAAAAACAGCAGCAGCAGCAGCAGCAGCAGCAACAGCAGCACGAGCAGUUGCUGCAGCAACCGAAGCUGAAGGGUCUCCUUAUUGCUGCGAUGAUUGCCGAGACGAGCAGCGCGGUGCAGCAGCAGAAGCAGCAGCAGCAGCAGCUGCUGCUGCUACUCCUGCUGCAGUAGAAACUGCGCGGCUGCUGGGGUUGGAGCUGUUGCUGCAGCCGCACUCCCGACCAGCAGAACUCGGCGACGAGGGUUGGAGUUUGUUGCUACUGCAGCAGGGGUUUCUCCUGCCUGCAGCAGCAGCAAAUUCUGCUCCUCCACGUGUCUCCGCUGCGCGCAAGCGAGUGCUGCUGCUGGAUGUUGUCGCUGCAGCCCUCCCCUUUGCCGCAGCAAACCCGGAUUCCCUGCUGCUGCUGCUGUCGUUUUGCUUCCGCUGCCUCGGGAAUUUCUGCAGCAACACCAACAACAGAAUGCACGGAUGUCCUCGAGAAGCAGACGAGGGUUGGGGAAGCUGCUCUGCAGCCGCAGCAGCAGCAAAACAGGGAGAAGCAGCGGGGCUCAUGCAGGCUGCUGCUGCUGCUACUCUUGCUGUUGUACAUGCAGCAGAAGGGGAAGUACUGCUGCACACUCUGGUGUCUCCUUUUCGUGAGGGCGGCUGGGGCCCUGCUUCGCGCUGCUGCUGUCUCCUCGACUUCAUUACAGAUGCCUUUGCUGCUGCACACGCCAGAGCACAGCAGCUGCAGCCAGCCAUCGCUGCUGCGUGCACAGCUGCAAGCAGAUCAGACCAGCAAGCCAGUAGCAGCAACAGCAGCAGCAGCUGCAGCAGUUGCAGCAGCUGCAGCAUUGCGUGCAGCGACGCCGACCGCCUGCGAGAAGAUGCAGCAAACGUUGCAGCAGAAACCUGGAUGUGCCUCCUCCGUGCCUUGUUGCUGCGCUUGUGCGAUGUUUCGUUCUCUGCCAGAGCAGCUGCAGCAGCAAAGGAUUCGCCUCACUGGAGGACAGCAACCGCAACUGCGCCAACAGCAGCAGCACCUUGUGCAACAACCACUUCCUCGCCCCGCCACGGGGGAAAUAAAAGACCUUUGGACUUUUCUUGCGACAUUCAGCAAACUAGCAGCAACAGCACUAGCAGCAGCAGCAGCUGCUGCUGUUUCUCCCUCGGGGCCGAGCGGCUGCUGAAGCACUUAGGCCCUGCUGCAGCACGGCUGCUGCUGCUGCGUCCGGCCCUCUGCUCUGCAGGGCAACAACUCCUGGACGAAGCUGUCGCUGCUUGGAGCAGCAAUCCACAGCAGCACCAGCAGGACGAGCUGAUUUUGCGUCCUGUUAAGCGGGCAACAGGGUCUGCAGCACCGUUUCAUCAACCAGAAGCAGAGGGUGGAGCAGAAACAACACCAGCAGGUGGUGUUGCUGCUGCAGAGAGCCCAGAAGCGAGAGUAGCUGCAGCAGAAGCGGCAAUACGAACUCUCACAGAUUUGCUGCCGUUUCGUUCUGCUGCGGCAUUCAGUGCUGCUCUGGUAUCUAGAGGCCUUGUUCCACCGCAGGAACAACAAUGGCAGCAACAGCAGGACCAGCAGCAUCGCAGCAUCUGCUGCGCCGACUGCGUUGCGAGGCAGCAGGGGCAAGGCCUCCUGGUUGGAUUUGUCGCCCCGGAACUCGCACUACUGCUGCUGCAGCAGCAAGCAGCAGCCGCAUGCAGAGUACCUUCGCUACUGCAGGCGGAGUGGAGCAGCAGCCGGAGCAACAGCCCGGCGGCAGCGGCAGCAGCGGCGGCAGCUCAGUUGCUGCUGCAGUCCGAGCAGUUUGCUGCAGGGAACGAGGAGCGGCAGAGCCGCACUGCCUUCCUCUGUGCGUACAGGAUCUGCAUGCCUCACCCUGGAGCAGCAGCAGCAGCAGCAGAAGUGCCGGAAGCAGCAGCAGAGGCGAGGUGUCCAAAAUUUGCUGCCGUAGACGCAUUUGCUGCAGCACAGACAGCUCUCUCCAAAGACGUCCAACUGCAGGCAUUCAUGCUUUUGGGGGCAGCAGCAGGAGCAAACAGCAGCAGCAGCAACAGCAGCGGGGCAGCGCACUGGCAGCAGCUGACCGUGGUGCUUUUGGAGGCUCUCGUGCGGCCGGAGCUUGAAGGCCUACGCACUCACCUAAGCGGGAAGGCUGGGGACUCCUGCUCUUUUGGAGGUGCUGCUGCUGUGUGUCUGCUGCUGCAAGAAGCAGAGGGGCCAGAAGAACCUGAGCGGCGCUGUAGUCGCCUGCAACGGAAGGCUGCGGCACCUCGCAGCAGCACCAGCAGCAGUCGGCAGCAGCAAAUCGAUCCAGACCGAGCCAUCGGGGCAACAGUUAUAUUUGCAGCAGCCUCUGCGUUGCUGCUGCCUGCUGCUGCUCCUCCUAAGCGACAGCUGUCGCGCCUGUGCCUUGAGACGCUGCAGCUGGUUGCAGGGUGGCCUGCGGAUGGUGCUCCAACUGGUGCUGCGAGGAGGCAGUCUGGGGAGGCUUGUGGAGCAACAGCAGCAGCAACAGCAGCAAAAGCACUGGCUACUGCAACGGCCUUAGGGCGACUGCAGCCGCUGCUGCGGCGCCCCCUUGCGGUGUCUUUGCACCUCGCAUGCCCUAAACGGCCAUCUGCAGCAAUAUAUAAGAUAUUGCUUCUGCGGUUGCGGCGCUGCAUUCGUUGCUACGCAACAGCAGAUGUCUGGAGGCCCCACAUAUGGCAGGUUGAUGCAGAAUCUGCAGCAGCAGAUAGGUGGUUUUGCCGAGUUGCUGCAGCACUGCUUAUCUACAUUGGGGACACUAAGGCCGAAGCAGCUACUGUUACUGCAGCUGCUGCAUCAUCUCAGCAGCGGCAACAAACAACAGAAGAGGAGAGUGCAGCGACGUCGCUACCGCAGGAUGGGGAGAUGCCUAAAGUGCAGCAGAAAAAACGGCGGCAGCAGCAGCAGCAGACUUUGGGUUUAUUUGAAGUUGCGGCUCCUUUGGUAGCGACGAGUCCCGAGCUCGCGCGUCAGCUGCUGCCGCUGCUGCUGCUGGCCGUACUGCGCUGCGGCAGCGAGACAGCAGCAGCAGCACUUGCUGCUGCUAUGAAUGAGCACGUGUUCAACGUCUUUAGAGAGCAGCUGCCUCAGCAACAGCAGUAUCAGCAGCGGCAGCAGCGGGAGGUGCCCGCGGCUCACCGCUCGGUCGCUGCUGUUUGCCUACGUGCAAUAGAAUUUCUUUUGGGACUUCCUGCAGCAUCAGCAGCAGUAGCAGCAGCAGCAGCAGCAACAGCAGCCGAAAGGGCAAAAGGAGCACAAGCAGGUGACGUUGGUGCUUCUUCGCUGCGGGAAACGCAGCAGCAGCAACAGCAACAGCAACAGCAACAGCAAGGACUGGUGUUGUUUUGGAAGCAACUAGAUUCGGAGGCAGCAGCAGCCGCUGCUCUUUGUUUAGGAGGAGCAGCUGCUGCUGUGCUGCUUGCUGAGCAGCAAAUCGUGAAGCUGUACGGAGACGUGGCAGCACCGCUACAGCAGGGCUUGCAAGCAUUGGUAGCUGAGGCUCAGCAGCAGCAGCAACAGCAGCGGGGCCGUGUUGCUGCUGCUCUGCUGCCUGCCGCACCUCCUCCGUUGUUGCUGCUGCUGGUGCGCGCCCAUGCAACAGCAAGACCAGCAGAUGCAGCAGCAGCGCAGCGCUGCUUGGAAGGAUGGCACGACUCUGCUGUGCUGCUAGAGAAGGCAUGUGCUUCUAACGACCCUCUAGAGGUUUUGUCUCUCUUCAAUGUGCAGCAAGCGGCAGCAGCAGCUGCUGCUGCUGCUCCAGCUGCUGCUCCCGCCGCCGUUGCCGCUGCUGCUGCUGAUGCUGUCCCCAAAGCGCUCGAAGAGCUGGGGCUGCAUGCGCUGCUUGACGCCUACCUGGGCAACUCCUGGCAACCGCCACAAGCUGCAGCAACAACAGCAGCAACAGGAGGCAUGCGCCUCCUAACGACAGGGUCUGCUUUCAGGGAGGCAGGGGAAGCAGCAACUGCUGCUACUGCUGCUGCUGCUGCAGGAUGGCUUCAGCGAAAAGCUUCAUGCCUUUGGCGCCUGCAGCAGUGGACCAACCCCUUUGGAAAAGCAGCAGCAGAAGAAGCAGCAGCAGCAGCAUCUACUUGCCUCCUUUCCAGUUGCUUCCCCACUAACGGCAGUAGCAGCAGUAGCAGUCGCGCUGAAGGUGCUGCGUUCCUUGCCACCGCUCUUUCGCUGCAGCACGCCGCUCAGCGCAUGCGCGACUACGGGGCUGUUCGAGUUCAUGCUGCUCUGCAGCAAGCUGCAGCAGGAGCUGCAGACAGAGCCUUUGCUGCUGCCAUGCAGCAGCUGCAGCAGCUGGCACCCUCUAGCGAGUCUGCUGCUGCAGCCAUUGAAUGCCUUGUCCAAAUUCGAAUGGCGGCCUCUGCAGCAUGCACUAUUGCUGUUGACAUUCCCCGCCGCCUUGCGGUGCUGCAGUAUGAGUGGCAGCACGAGCUAGCAGCAGCAGCGGCAGCAGCAGCAGUGGCAUCACCGCACCAGAAAUCAUUCCUAGAGACGGUCGAACCUUUGGGGGCCCUGCAGGUAGCAGCACUUGCUGCGUCGCUUCCAGGUCCUUUCGCUGCUGCUUCUUCUGCUUCUGCUUCUGCUUCUCCAAGAGAGCAGCAGUCUGUAGCAAGUACAGCAGCUGCAAGAGCAGAGGAAGGUGCACUAGCUGCUGCUGCCGCUGCAAGGCACAUGCGGGCCAUCGGUAGCGCAGCACGACAGUGUGGGGCGUUGCUGCAGAGCCGCCACUGGCUGCUGCUGGCUGAGGAGACGCUGCAGCGGCAUCUGCUGCAGCUGCAGCGCCUGCAACAGCUGCAACAGCAGCAAGAGCAGCAGGAGCAGUUAUAUGGUUUGUUGUGUUGCGAUUUGUUUGUAAUUGAGUGGCAAAUAACCAAGACACUGCAUGCAGCAGGAGAUGACCACAGGGCAGUGCAUUUAGCUCGUCGUCUCUGUCAGUCUGCUGCCUGGCCCUUCUCCUUCAGGCAACUCUUCUCACAACAGUGCCAAUCUGCUGCUGCUGCUUCUGCUGCUGCUGUUGCUGAUGUUGUGGGGGCGAGCAGCACAACAGCAGCACUUCCUGGCGCCGCAGCUGCAGCAGCAACAGUAGAGGGGUCAGCAGGUGCAAAUGCAGCAGCAGUAGCUGCUGCUGCUGCGUUUGCUGUGCGGCGACGGGAGUUUUUGGAGUCGGUGUGCGAAUGUCUCUGCUGCUGCGGGGAGUGGCUGUACAGGGGUCGUUUUAUAAGAGAGGAAGAAGCAGCAAAAGGGUUUUUAAAUGUUGCUGUUGCCGUUGAGUGCCACUUGCCUGCUGUUGAUGCCCACCAGCGACUGGCGUUGCUGCUGGACGACGCGCUGGCAGCAGCGUCGUCGGAGCAGCAGGAAGACUGGCUGCUGCAGCAGCUACAGCAGCAGCUGCAGCAGCAGCAGACGCCAGAGGAGCAACAGCAGCUGCGCGAGCAGCAGCAGCAGCAACAGCGCAGGAGGCAGCGACUUGCUGCUGAUGCUGCUGCACUCUAUGCUCACUGCCUCCGCGAUAGCAACCUACAACAAGCAGCACACACAACAGGCCGUCUGCUGUCUCUUUGGUUUUCUUUCGGUCCUACAACCCCACAAGUCAAUCUUUCAAUUCGGAGGGCUCUUGCGGCUGCUGCUGCUGCCCCUGCUUCUCCUCCUGCUGCUGCACCAGCUGGUGGUACAACUGCUCCGACGCCAACUGCUCUACAAUUGCGCGCAGCAGCAGACCUCAAACACCUGCUGCCGUUCGUCCCUCAAAUCGUCUCCCGCCUAGCUGUCGAGACUCCCCAACAGCACCAGCAGCAGGGGGAAGCAGAUUUUCAGUUGUCUGUGCGUGAGGUGCUGCUGUCUUUGGCUCGUCAGUCUCCUUUCUCUGUUUUGCUGCCCCUCAUUGCCCUGGAGAAAAAUGACAGGGUUCCAGCUGCUGCAGCUACUACUGGAGGUUCCCACAGACCUGCAGCAGCAGCCGCACAAGCACCUAGCAGCAGCAACGCCAGGGCUGCAGGACUUCUGCUGCAGCAAAUUUCCGCUGCACAUCCCGCCCUCUGGGAGGCGGUGCGAGCAGCAGUAGCUGUUGCUUCUCUUUACGAAGAUAUCUGCCUCAUCAAGGAGACAGACAUGCAGCAACAGCAGCUGUUGCUGCUACAACAUCAACAGCAGCAACCGUUGCAUCGUCGCGCUGGUCGACGGCCAGCAGCAGGAGGCGUCGGAGCGUCAGCAGGUGCAGCCGUUCCUGGUGGUGCUGAUGCGAAAAACACGUCCCCCACACCAGCAGCAGGUGCAACAACAAGUGCAGUAGCAACUGGGCCGACGGACUUGCUACGGUAUGUACGUACGUUGAACUCUUAUAAAGCAGCAGUUUCUAUGGUGGGGAGCGGUGCUACUGCGCUGCCUCUACCCUCUGCUGCUGCGCGCAUGGAGGCCGCUUGUUCUGUGCCCCUUCUGCAGCAGUACCAGCAGCAGCAGAGGGGGGGGUUGCGCGAAUGGGCCGAGCAGUACUUGGAGUGUCUCUCUCUAGACAGCGAGGGAGAAUUGAAUUUGUAUGUCUCCUUUCUUGGCAGCGGAGUCACAAAGCCGAAGCAAGUUGCUGCAGCAACAAAGAAAGGCAAUAUUUUAAAGGAGGUAUGCAAAGCAGAUGACCUCAGGAGAGACAGGGUGGCGCAGCAGCUCUUCUCUGUCCUUAACCAUGCCUUUGCUGCUGCUGCUGCUGCAAAUGCCCCAGCUCCUGCAGCAACAGCGUUUGCCUCUGCUGUAACGGCAGUGGGCAGGAGAGCUGCGGAACCUGCAGCAGCAUCAGCAUCAGCAUCAGCAGGAGAUCUGUUUCUUAGGACUUACGCUGUCGUUCCUCUGUCUCCUUUUUGUGGGGUCUUAGAGUGGGUAGACGGCGCAGUUACCCUUGGGGAGUAUCUGGUGGGGUCGCCAGCAGCCGCAGCACCAGCAGGAGCGGCAGGGGACAGGGCGACAGCAGCAGCAGCUGCUGCAGCAGCAGGAGCAGCACACAGAAGGUUCCGGCCACAGGAUUGGACGGCGCAGUAUUGUCGGAAGAAAUUGGCGGACGCCCGGGCAGCAGCAUUGAAGGAAGCAGCCAAAGUGCAACAGCAGCAGCAACAGGACCGUGCGACUGGUGCUGCAGCUGCUGGUGGAGGUAGAGAGGAGCCUGGUGGAGCAGCGGGUGCAAUUGCACCAGCAGCAGAAAGUGGUGAUGGUGGUGGCGGCUUGCUACUGCCUAUACCUGAAUGUGUCCCUUUUAGAUUAACAAGGGACCUUGUAGAUGCUUUGGGAGCCCUUGGCGUUGGGGGCCCCUUUAAGGCUUGCUGCUGUGCUGCAUUGCUGCUGCUCCGAGCAAACGGGGCACUCGUUGCUGCUGUGCUGCAGGUGCUGCUGCUAGACCCGUUAUAUGCGUGGACCAAACCGCACAAAACCCACAGGCUUCAACAGCAACAGCAACAGCAGCAGCAGCAGCAGCAACAGCAGCAGCAGCAGCAGAGGCAGAGAGUAGACCUACAAGGGGUUUCUCCGCUGGAGGGCAACAAGAUGGCCAUGAAGGCCAUCCUUAAGGUUCAGCGCAAAUUUCAGGGAUUCGAUAGAGAAGGAACGGAUAAAUUAGGUGGUUCAGAAGAGUUCAGCAGCAGCAGCAGCAGCAACAGCAUCAACCGCAGCAGGAGCAGCGAGGCUAAAAGGUCAACUGUAUCAUCUGCAGCAACAGCAGCCACCCAAGCCAUACCAACAGCAGCCCGAGCAGCUGUAGAACAGACAGGGGCAGGACCGGAAGCAGGAGGAGCAGCAGUAGGAGGAGGAGCAGCAAUAGAGACAGCGGCAGGAGCAGCAGCGAUCCGCUGCAUUGUGCAUAUUUCCCUGCAGCAGCAGCGUCAGAAGCAGAUGGAGGAGGUGUGUGUAGAUCUAACAGGAGAUUCGGGGGAUGAUGAGGAAUCGCAGGGGCCCCCAGGAGGCCCAUUAGAUGGACCCCAGGGGACCCAAUUAAAUGGCACCGCAGCUUUUCUGCUUCUGCAGCAACAGCAGCAGCAGCAUGAAGGAGAAGAGGAAGAAGAGGAAGAUGAAGAAGAAGAGGACGAAGAAGAGAUGAAUGCUGCAGCAGCUGGAUCUGGAACGGAAGGGGAAGGCUACGAGACCGCAGGGCAAGACAGCGAAUCAGAAGAGGAAGCAGGAGUAGCUGCUGCUGCUGAAGGAGCAGCAACGGGGGGAUCUGAUGAGUACAGUUUCGAGGAAGAAGAAACAGAUAAUGAAGACGCACAAGAUGAAGAAGAAGAAGAAAUAGAAGAAGAAGAAAUAGAAGAAGAGGAAGAAGAAGAAGAAAAAGAAAAAGACGAAAAAGGAGAGGAGGGAGAACAAGAGGAGGGAGAAGAAAAGGAAGGAAGAGAAGAAGAGGAAGAAGAGGGAGAAGCAGCACAAGCCAGCGAUGAUGAUAGUGAGGGAGCAGCAGCAAAAGACCGGGACAAACGCAGUGAGAAAAUGACUGCAGCCAACUUAUUGCAGCACCAGCCGCGGCAGCAGCCGCGGCAGCAGGAAACCCCUGACGAUGCAGAAGAAAGCGAACAGCUCGCCCACAGCAGCACCAGCGGCGGUGGAAGCAGCGGCAACAGGGGAGAGAGGUGCAGUGAGGACAGUAGCAGCAGUCGGAGCAGCAGCAGCAGCAGCAGCAGCUCUGACAAGGGUUCUAUGCCAUUCUCUUCAGCCGCACCAGGCCUCUUCUCCUUGCAGCAGCAGAAACAGCAGCAGCAGCAGCAGCAGCGCAGCAGAAGCGUGGACGAGCCAGAGGCACAUGUAGAUGAACCCCGCCAGCAGCAGCAGCAGGAGGAGCAACAGCAGCCAUUGGAGGACUUCUCGCAGCAGCAAGAGAAGCUGCAACAGCAGGAGGAAGAGCUGCAGCAGCUGCUGCAGCAGCAGCAGAAGCUACUGCAGCAGGAGAAGCAGCUGCUGCAGCAGCAGCACCAGCAACUCGAUGGUUUCUCCUUUCUUCCCCUCACCGCGAGAGCGCAGGUGGCAGCAGCACGUAGAGAAGCAUUAGCUGCUGCUCCUGCUGCUACCCCAAACAGCAGCAGCGACAGCAAGGGCAGCAGCAGCACGGGGAUUGAUUUGUAUAGGGAAAUAAGAGAAAGGAUUCGCGUAGCCACAGCGCAGACGCUUGAAGCCAACAGAAAGCGGCAUGAGGUGCUGCUGCAGCAGCUGCAGCAGCAGCAGCAGCAGCAGCAGCAGCCUAGGCCGUCGUUAUUUGGCGAGCUUGGUGCAUCGUUUUCAGCAGCAACAGCAGCAGCAGUAGAAACAGCAGCAGCAGCAGCAGCACAGAAGGAGGAUGCACGUGCACUGCAGAGUAAAGACAAACUGCUAGAAGAGACAUUUGGGUGUAUUGCUGCUGCAUCACUGCAGCCGCUAAAGGGUGAAAAUCCAGAUUUCUCGGGUUCGCACCUUCUAAAUAAAGCAAAGACACAGCGAAAGAGACAAUAUGCGGAGUGCGCGUUGCUGGAGACUGUGGAAGACGACAGCAGCAGCAGCAGCAACGGCAGCAGCAGCAGCAGCUCUGCAGAAGCAAGCCUUUGUUGGCUGCAGCAAGCAGCAGCAAAUCGACAGCGCUCGGCUCAAUCGCUUGGCGGCCGUUUAAAUGCAACAAAACUCCGCUGUAUCCUCUCCUGCCUAUCUCAAGAGCAACAGUUGGAGCUGCUGGUAGAAAUCGCCGCCCACAGCGAAUCCCUCCGAGUUCUUGUGGAGGAGAAGGGAAGAGCAAUGAGUCUAAAAACCCUCGACGUCUAA